AGCCAAAGUCUAUAUGAUAUUACUUGACUGUUUAAAAGGGCAAAACUUGGCUUUUUAAUGACAAAUUGACAACUAUUAUUUAUAUAUCAAUAUUACUGUGGUUAUGAAAUAAUGUUCAUGGUGAUUGAUGGGGGAUAACCUGUUAAAUAGAAUGUUUUGGCAAAGAUCAAAUACAACCUUUACUCGACGAGAGAUAAAACGUACGGUCAUUAAAUCGAAAUACUACCAUUGCAGCACGUGUUAUUAUUGCUGAGCAGAUCUGCAGAUAUUGAGCUUCUGUUGACUUUACUGUAUCACUUGGUAAUUUUGAUUGUUACAAGAAGGAGACUUGGAAAUUUCGAUCGGCAACUCAAACCAUUUAAACAAUCAUGACGUCCCCUUGCUGCUGUGGAAUCUUCCAUCGGCCAGUUUUCUUCACGGCUUUACUGUCAUUCGCUAUCUUCACCUACUUUGGUAUUCAAGGCCCUUACACGACUGGGAUUCUGACCACACUCCAAAGAGAGUUCAAGUUUAAGAGUUCCGAGGUCGGAUUCCUUCUCACCGUCAAUGACAUAGUUGGACUCAUCAUCGUCACCCCUCUGGCAUACCUUGGCUCAAAAAGCCAUCGACCGCGUAUAAUCGGUAUCCUCACGAUGAUCUUUGCCGCCGGUUGCUUCGUCACCGCUAUCCCACAAUUUGUUGGCGGAGGUGAUGACGUCGAUGGAAUAAAAAACGACACCAAUCCGAUGAUGAUACAGAAACCUGGAGUGUAUCUAUGUGAAGAUGAUGACCUUGGUGAUGUGGAUAAAUGUUCAGAAGCAGAGGAAGCCGCAUCGGGUGCACAAUACAGUAGAGCCAUCUGGUUGUUCCUUGGACAAGCACUGUGUGGCAUAGGAGGAGCUGGAUUCUUUCCUCUUGGUAUUACUUACAUAGAUGAUGGUGUGCCCAAAUCAUCAUCUUCUGUACAUGUUGCGGCACUUUUCAUGAUGGGAAGCCUGUCCCCUGUCUUUGCCUUCAGCAUGAGUGCUUUCAGUCUCUCUCUUCAUUCUGAUUUCUACAAGAUUGAUGUGGAUGAACUGGGCUAUGGUGACAAGGAUCCUCGAUGGAUAGGAGCUUGGUGGUUAGGGUAUAUCAUCUAUGGAUGCAUACUGGUCCUCACCAGUAUACUAUUCUUCUUCUUUCCAAAGGACUGGCCUCAUCGAGAAGGAACAGGCGAAGAAUUAAAGGAAAUGAACGUGCCAGUUGACAAGGAGAACUCGUCUUCACCAAACGUUUAUAUGAUCAAAGACAUGAUCCCAAAGGAAGGAACAUCAAUCAUGGAACUCAUCAAAGGAUAUAUCAAGGCCAUGGGUCGUCUCUUUACCAAUCUCACUUACAUCACGUGUCUUCUUGCUGUAUGCGGUGAACUGGCUGCUGUGGCAGGCUUCUUUUCAUUCGUGGGUCGUUAUAUCCAAACACAAUAUGACGUCACACCUGCCGUCACGUCUAUCAUCCUCGGUUGUGUGACGUCACCUGCAGGAUUCUUCGGUAACUUGUUCGGUGGUCUUCUGGUCAAGAAAAUGAAACUAUCCAUGAAAGGUCUAGGUGCUAUGGCGAUGUCUAUCUCAGGAAUCACCCUCGUCUUGACCGCUCUUUAUUUCUUUGUUGGUUGUGACAACCAGAGAAUAGCUGGAAUAACCGUCCCUUACCCAGGAGAGAGCGAAAUCAAUUUAACUCCGUCAUGUCUUGGUGAUUGCCCCUGUCCAUCUGGUGUGUAUACACCUGUAUGUGGAUCAGAUGAUAUGACAUACAUCACACCGUGUCAUGCUGGAUGUUCAACUUAUCAAGAAGGAAUCAAAUAUGACGGAUCAGAACCUUCAUCAUCGUACUUAUACUCUGACUGCACUUGCAUUGGAUCCAAUGCAACUUUUACCAAUACGAUUGAUGAGUCCGAGGACUUUUCGGUCAUUCAAGAGGCAUGUCCACGAGACUGUUACGGGAGAUUAAUCGCUUAUAUUGUCAUCUUUGGUGUCACUUCUCUCAUCAACUCCAUGGUCAAAAAUCCCAGCUUUAUGCUAAAAUUGAGAUGUGUGGAUCUUCCUGAUCGGGCUAUCAGUAUGGGGCUUGGUAGUUUGCUAAUAAGAGUAUUAGGAUUUGUACCAGCUCCAGUAUAUUUUGGUGCAGCCAUUCAGACCACUUGUCUUAUGUUCCAAUCAUCAUGUGGGAAGACCGGUAACUGUCUCAUCUAUGAUACUGAUCGUCUUCGUAAUGUCCUCUUUGGUCUUCUUCUACUCCUCAAGUUCUCAUCCGUUCUUUGUUAUUUCCUUUCCUUUGUCACUGUACGACGUGAUGAAUCAGGGGAGUAUCAUCAAUGUCAACUUUGUUCGUCCAGCAAAAGGAAACCAACGGCCGUUUAAAGGGGAAUCCAACCCAAAUGAAACCUUGUUUUUAUAAGAAAAAGAAAAAUCAUACAAGUUGAUAGGUGAA